GACGACAGCCCUAACACAUCAGUGAGCCAGCGGUCUGAGCCUACAGCACAGGAGAUUCACAUGGUUGUGGACCCGGAUGUGAUGGAAUACGUCACAACAAGGUCACUCUAUGACCAACUUCAAGUGGCGCUGGCUACUAGGUCAUGUGAAAUUAAAUGGAAGCUUAACGGUAAAACAGCUAUUCUGUCAUAUAGCGGGGAAGAUGAAAGUUGGUCUUGGAAUUGUGUCGAGGAAGUACAAACAUGGCUUGCCAGAAUUACAAGGAAGGAUGUUGAAGUGAAAAAAGAUUCCUGGGAGGCCGUGAAAGCUCAGUUACCAGGAAUUCGAUCCUGUUUCGGUGUUGAACCUCCGCUGGUUAAAAUGAUCGAUGAUUCUUUCGUGGUCAGAAUUGUUUCCCUGAGUUCAAAUGCAGAAGAUUUCAGAGGGAAGUUAAAAGCAAAAUUAGAGGAAAUAUAUCAGGAGGAAACCAGAAAGACAUACAUGAAGAAAACGGUAAAGGCCUCUGUGGAGCAUUUAACUUUAUUGGACAAGACCAGGUUUGUGGAGAAAAUUAAAGAAAAGAACAACAAACUGGAGAUAAAAAUAGACACUGAAGCGGAGGAAAUCUUUUUUGAAGGUCCACAACCACAGUUCCUGAAGGCGACCAAAAAAUUUCACGCAAAAAUUUCAGGAAUUAUUAAAAAGAAAUUAAGCCUGUCAAAAAACAUUUUGGAAGUUUUGUCUCUAGACAAAGGGCUUCAAAAAGUCCAAUGUGAAUUAGAGAAUGACAACGUUGAAGCCGCAGUAUUCGUGAUCGACAACGAAGCUAGGAUCAUAGGCACGUCAGCUGCACAUGCGGACAAGGCUGCCAGUCUUGUGAGUAAUUUGACACUGGAAGAAAAAGUUCGCGUGGAUGCCAACAGUCAACAUCUUUUGAAGACCCCAGAAUGGCGCCAACUAUGUGAGCAACUCAACGCCGACUCAUUAGUCCGAGUACAUUGGCAUAAGAAGAAUAAUGACAUUUACGUAGCGGGGUUUCGAGAAGAUGUACGUGAAAUGAUCAAGACGCUCACUUCAUAUCUCAAAGACAAUUGCAUUCGAGAAGUGCAGUUCAAAUGUCCCUCUAAGCUACACCGAAAAUACCUCUCUGAGCUUCGACAAGAUGAAUUGCGUUUGAUUGAAGAUAAAUUCCAAGAAUAUCACAUCAAGAUUCAAACAGGGAAAGAUGAUGAUGCUUUUGUCAUUCGGGGACACGAGAAGGGGAUAAAACUUGCGAAAAGUAAUAUGGAAGCUCUUGCAGUCAACACCUAUUCAGAUAGUUUAAACCUCAAACAGCCUGGACUACAGAAAUAUUUCGCCAGCGGAAAAGGCGACAGCCUUGUGAAAGAAGUGCAGGAGAAUCAUGCUUGUGCUAUCCAUGUACAGAAACAAGAUGACAUGCGCACUCCGUACGAAGAGGCAACUUUGAAAUCCAAUUUAUCAAACAACAAAGACGAUGAUGGUACCAUUAAGAAGAAAGAUCAUGAGGAGAGCUCAGUUAGCAUGCACCCAGCUGAUGCUUACAUUCUUGUCACCAAAAGUGGUCACAAAAUUUCGUGGAAGCGUGGAACUAUCCAGACGCAGCAGGUUUGUUGACGCGGUCAUAAUAGGGGGUGGGGGGUCUGUUCUGACGGUGAACGACUAAAAAUGUACAUUCUCGACUUCAGGGGAGUACUCCGUCAAUUAGAAUAAAAUAGGUGGAAAGGUUGAUUAAAGAAGAAGUGGUUUGAUCACUAUGACCCUAUUCAGUGAGGCUAUCAGUAAAAUGGGAAAUUGGCACUCUUUUAAGGCAGUCAUGAACGAGCUGAUUUCCACUUUCACGCCAUCAAAAUAGAUAAAGUACUGAACCUGCGAAAUGAAAGAAGGUAAAUAUAUUAGGAGUGUCGCCAAGAUUCAUGAUCAGGUCCGUGCGAAUGUUUUUCAUACGUGAGAUACUCGGCGAAAUGAGAUACCCAUUCAAAAUUUUGUCACUUAAGUUACACAAAAACUUAUAAGCCUGAGGGGAACGGAUUUGGGUCUGUUUCAUUUUUGACUGACGGUCUUGACUGUUGACCGAAUUUAUGACUGUUUUAAGCUAGUUGAAGACAAAUUACUUGUCCAUUUUAAUGUGUUCCUUAAAUUAAUGCCGAAAGAUGCCUCAAAACGAUUGCUUCUCAGUACUCUGGGAUAUGGCGUUACGAUGACACCAAAGGGUAGACUUUUUACCCUCAUUUUUGUUCGUCUUUGCUUAAGUAAAUCCAGCUUUUGUUGUCCUUAAUAAUAGUACAAAUACAACAAACAAAUAAUGGUGAGCAAAUCAUUGGUUAUCGACUGAAUUCUUAACUAAUUCUUUUUCGACCGCACCAAAGAUGCAUGGACUCUGAAAUAUUAUAUUCAUCCAAUUCAUCCCGUGUUGAUUUUUCGAUCUGCAUAUGUAUGUCCAUCAAGCAAUUGGUAAAUAUUCCAGCUACAUCGUGUAUCUCAUUUCCUUUCUUGCUAGUCCAUGACUAAUGUCGACUGACGACUCGCGACAAUCUAAUGAAUAUUUUCUUCUUUACAAUCUUUGUAGAUUGGCUUUAGUUUAAAUAACCGUUACAAAAAUUUGGAGGGGCCCAUUAGUAAGAAUACUACCCUUACCAUAGUCAUAAAAGCUAGUGGUGUGACGAUAACACUAUGCGUUGCUCUUUUUAUGCGUUCUUUACUCUUUACCCUUGAUAGUAAUUUGUAGUGACUGCCUAUCCUUUUAAAACUAACAAAGUCUGCCUUCACCUUAAAUUGCAGGCCGACAUUUUGGUAAGUUCACAAGAAGCGUGCUCCCAGGCGAUCAUCAAUGCUGGUGGACUUCAAAUGAAGAAAGAAUUGGUGACUCCAAAUGUUGGUGAUGUCACAGUUACAGCUGGACAUGAUUUGCCCUGCAAACACGUGAUUCAUACGUACUGUUCAAUGUGGCUAGGUGGAGAGGGGGGUGAGGUAAAUGAAAAUUGGCUUACUUAUUUAUUCUGGUUUGCCCGUCAUAAUUUUUCAAGGUACAAUGACAAACGGAUUUGUAAGCCCAUGUAGCUUGUAAAUAACAGUUACUUAGAAACAAAUUAUUCUUUUGAAUCUUGUCAGACACGGCGUUCAUCACUGCUUUUAACUAGCAUACUCUUUAAUUUCCUCCGUAAGUCUGUUUGCAAGCUAUUUUUAGGGUUUAUUUUCAGGUUGUUGGCAGGCACGUAUUGCCGGUUUUACACUAAACAUUUUAAGCCAACACUGAGGUUUUACCACGGGACCACUUCCACAUUCAGUAUAGAAAGAGCAGAUACACUUGUUAACCAAUUUAACGCUUCACGUCUUCAUAUUAUUAUUAUUUAUUAUUUUUUUAUAUAAUAGGAAGUGUUGUAAUCAAUUUGCGUCUUAUUAUAGGUCUUACGAGCCAUUGUGAAAAAAUGUUUACAGACGGCUGAUAAGCUUGGAGGGGUAUCAAUAGCAUUUCCAGUCAUAGGCACUGGAAACCUCAACUUUCCACCAGACGCCGCCUCCAGGAUCAUGUUGGAAGAAGCCAUCACUUUUUGCCAAACCAAUCCUUCAUCUGGGGUGAAAGAAAUUCGAUUUGUGGUGUUUCAUCGAGAUCAAGCACUAAUCACUGCUUUUGCACAAGAAAUUGAUACCCUGCGAUCCAAGCAUGGGGUUGGUUCUGGACACACCACGAGUGGUCGUUUUAGACAGCUACGAUCCAAACUGGGAAGAAUCAUUCAGAAACCAGAAAGACCAGCUGGUGGAGUUAGUGUUGACGUUUUGCAAGGAAAUUUGUGCCAGGAGACAACAGACGUCAUUGUUAAUAUUAUUGGCAAAGAUAUGAAUAUGGAUAGCGCGGGGGCACUGAGCAAGGCGGUGAAAAAGGCCGCCGGUCAAGUUGUGCAGGACGAGUGCUAUCAACUGGGAUAUCAAACAGAUGGGUCAGUGGUAGUAACCAGUGGUGGAAAUCUAAAGGCCCGUUAUAUCAUCCACUUAAUACCAGACUCCUCGGACAAAGAUCACCUGCAGCAGUGCGUGGAAAGGUGUCUUGAUGAGGCAGAGGCUCGUGGUUUCCAGUCUAUCUCAUUUCCAGCGGUAGGAACCGGAGGUUUUCAAGUGUCAGCGGUGGAUUCAGCCAGCCUGAUUUUUCAAGCCCUCAGUAAUUCUAGUCCAAAUUUUAAAUUUAUCAAAAACGUCAGGAUCCUAGUCUUCCAAGCUUCUAUGCUUCAUACAUUUCAACUAGAGCUACAGAAAUUUCACAGUUGUGUAUUUACACACAUUGCCCAGAAGGGCGCAACUUCUCCAUGUGCUAGUAGACCGAGGGACUUGAUCAUCGAAGUCAUAAAUGGUGAUUUGACGAAAGAGAAAACUGACGCUAUCAUGAACAUCGUCACCCCGGAUAUGGACAUGACCCAUGCUGGAGAACUAAGUAAAGCCAUCCUUAGAGCUGGCGGCCCACAGAUCCAAAAGCAAUGCAGCAAACUCGGUAAACAAACUCCUGGAAAAGCGGUAAUGACUGGCGGUGGAAGUUUAGAUGUGCUUCACAUAAUCCAUAUCAUUCCUGGUUUGUAAAUUUCAUAAGUUUAUAAUACUAAUAGUCCUCAUAAGCAGGAUGAAUGUAACCUUUAAUUUUUCCGACUAAGAUGUUUCUUACGUGUUGUCAUUGGUAUUGUAAUAUCAAUGUCUUUGAAACGACAAUAAUAGCGUUUAGAUCAUGUUUAUUUUUUCGUUGCAAUUCCAGGUUCCAAGGACAAACAACAUCUUCAGACGUGUCUGGAAGCUGGCCUUCACCUGGCAGAUCAAAACAACCUUCAAGCAAUAUCAAUUCCGUGCGUAGGCACUGGAGGGUUUGGUCUGACAGCAGCGGACUCGGCCCAGGUGACAUUCCAAGCUCUCAAGUCCUUCAGAGAAACUUCUAAAAACCUUCGGAAAGUGCGCGUCGUGGUCUUUCAAAUCAAAAUGACUGAAGAAUUUUUAAAAACGCAAGCGAUCCAGGAAGUACAAGAUAUGCUUCAGUGGGAGAGUGACUCCACUUCAGACGAUAGAAUGUCUGAGAAGACCAGAGCUGAAAAGCAAACAAAAGAUUCCGCAGCCAAGUCGAGUUCAACAACCGAGCUUUCUGUCAAAAUUUAUGUCACUGGAAAGGACAAGGAAAGCGUCCUUAUGGCUGUAGAUGCUUUGAAGAAAGGUUUCUUCGAAGCUUGUACAACAGAAAAAGUGGAAAAUGAAGCCGUCAGCAAAUUGUCGCAAAAGCAAAUUAACUUUCUCAUAAGGAAAGCCAAAGAACGUGACGUCAAACUUGAAAUCGAGGUCAAUAAGAAUUGCAUUAUGGUGCUUGGCGAGCAAACCGAAGUAAAAGCCAUGGUCAGCGAGAUCUGGCACGAGGUAGACGAGAGAAAUAAGGAGAUAGAAGAAGAAAAGCAGGAGAUAAUGCUUUCACAAAACGUAGAAUGGAGUUAUAGGAAAAACUUUCUCAGUAAAAAGAUACCGUUAAGUCCCAAGGAAAACAGAAAGCUUGAGAUGGCAUACUUCAAGCAACAACCCAAAGUACUUUUACCUUUGGGGGGACAGGAAUUUGAGAUUGAUUUACAAGCUAAAACUGGCCACGGGCAGCAGAACAGUGAAAAAAUUAAACUUUUUAGAGAGAUAAAGAGAGCAGAAGAAGGUCAGUGCAUGCAUAUACUGUGAAAAGUUAAAACACCAGUGAGUUAAAUGCAUUUAUUAUAUAGAUACUGAUGGAAUACCAGGAUUUUUCCUUUUACUAAAAAAUCAUAUCUUCACUCUGCUUGGUAUAUAGUAAACGCACAUUGCCGGCAGCAGAAGUACCAUUUACUUAAUUCUCAAAAAAAUAUCAAGUGAUUUCCUUAAUUCAACAAGAAAUCAUGGGAUUCCAGGUUUAUGGCACAAAGGUUCUAAAAGUUGUGCCACGUCAUUAUCUGCUUUGGUAUAUAUUUUUCUCGUCCUUUCGCAGUAAAGUUUGAAAUAAGACUAGAAUGCGGGAGCGUCAAUUGAUCAAACGUCCUUUUGAUUUCUAAGCCUUACUUUCCGGCAAAUAAAAUGAACUGAAUGUAUAAAAAGUGAAAGAAAAAUAGCGAAAAAUUCAACUUCUAAUUAAGUCUUUUCUUAUGGUUUAGAAUAAACUAUUCUCGAAACUGAGAAUGUUUUGAUCAAAGCUAUGUAAACCGAACUGAAAAUUUGUAUCGAAUCUUGCGUUUCCUGUAUUUAUCUCACCUAUUGAAUGGAGUGUGUGUGAAAAUCUUCAUUAUAUGAAUCGGUAUAUUUCAAAGAGCUACCCAACGAGCAAGAAUACUUUUGACCUUGCCUAGUCCCUAGGCCUCAUUAUUAUGCGCGGCCGAUGCGUUUCGGGUCACGUGGUCCGAGAAAGUUUUUGAGGCCUAGACAAACUCGGAGAAGUGAGACAUUUUGUCUCACUUGGGGCGGAGCUUUUGGAAGCGGGCGAGCUGUCAAUAACUUUUCCGCGCUGAUGAAAGAUGUCCAGCAGCCAUGGAGAGUACAGAGGUUAAAGAGUUAAACCGAGCAUUUUUCUUCUAUGCACGUUUUCAUUGUUGAAAGUCCUUUGGCCUUUCUUUUUCAUUUAUCUCAUUAAACUAAUUUGAACUUUAUUUCAUCUCAAAAACUAUUUGUAGGCUAAGCAAAACAGCGUCGCAAAAAAAUUAUUUGAUCAAGAAUCGGAAGGUAAGCUAAAGAAAUAAGUUUAUAUUUAUUCUUGGAUAUGAAAAGCUAUCUUUCGUUUCUCUAUUUUCGCUUGCUCCUAUAAAUUUCUCGUUAUCAUUUCACUUCGAAAUAUUUUAUGUAAUUUAAUUUUUGGAUUUGGAAGCUUAUCAAACUAAUCGGACAGGCUGUUGAAUUUGGUCUCUAAAUUUGGUAGAAUGUCAACAAACUACUGUUUCAAAUCUUUUUAUCAAUAAAGAAAUUUCAUUUUAAUGGUUCAUUUGAAACUGAACUAAAAGAGAAAUUACUCGCACGUUAUACAGUAGUAUUCUUUCCGAUUCAAAGUAAUAGAAAGAAACCAGGUUAGUGCCGAUCUUUGAGCGAAGGAUAUUCACGCGCAAAGUUAUUUAUAGAUUAUUUCAGUUGAACGUGGGAACUUUUCAAAAAAUGCAAAAAUGCUCACGCAUGCGCACUCUGAGAUUGUCUAGGCGUCUCCCGGCCGUUCGUCUCGGAUACGUCACCGAAAUGUAUUGACCGAGAGGGCUUGGAAAGACGACGUAUAGGGACUAGGCAACUUUUGACCGACAAUAUACACAGCCGGGGGCAGCUGUAGUGUCAACUAUUACUAGUUAUUUUUAGUGCACUGUUUUCACGGUUAUAUUGUUAAGGAGCGUAGUACAUUCAGAGCGUUUUCCUUAAGACCUUAAGAUCUCUGUCUGUUUGGCAUGUGUCAUCAAGAGCGAAAUGUUGCCAUGAAAAGCUUGUUAAUCAUUCCAAUUUUAAAUUUCAGAGUACGGCUCAAACUACCGAAAUCAAAUAUUCACUCUUUCUGAAGCGAAGUAAAAGUGAAGGAAGCUCAUUAUUUUUUCUACAGGUUUUUCUCUUCCAAGUACAUGGGCUCCCAUGCCAACCCCUGAAAAGACAGUGCAUGCAGUGCCGCUUAAACCAGCUUCUCCUGAGUACCGAGAUGUUGCGAGGAAAUUUAUGGCGACUGCUCGUAUGGUGAAUAUUCAGAAAAUUGAGCGAAUUCAGAAUCCUUAUCUUUAUAAGCAGUACGUGGUGCGAAAGCAGAAAAUGGACAAAGAUAAUAAAGGAAACAACGAACGGCAGUUGUUCCAUGGAACGGGCGCUGAAAAUAUAGCUGCAAUAAACACUCAAGGAUUCAACAGGAGUCUUUGUGGUGUGCACGGUGAGUAAAACUCUAUGAAAGAAGUGUGCUUCAUGAGUUUAUAAUGUCAGCUCUAUAAUCUUAUAUUUCUUCCAAAUUUCCCCAUGUUUAUGUUAUACUUAAAGACGGAUACCUCCGUUACAGAGUUAAAUGUAACAUUAUUGCGAGUGUACGAAGUUUUUGGCGCACAUUCAAACGACUCGGCUGUAAAAGCGAAAUGUAACAAUAGUAUAAAAAAUGUAAUAGCUCAUGUUUUUCUAGACUACGGGUAGUCUCUCUUUCGUUGCCGUUGAGCGAAAAGCACAAGACACGAAAAUGACCACGUACGUGACUGAAGGCGCGAGACGAGAGAGGCGAGACGCCCUCGUUUCUUGCGUCUCGCGCACACGUCACUUACCCUCUCAAAAUCUGAAGAAAAAGAGAGACCGUUCGCAGUCUGAUGUUUUUCAGGUAAAAUACAUAUACAAUAUUAGCCUGCGAAUAAGCCGUCUCUCCUCGCUCCUCGCCGCCAGUAGAGUACUCUGCAUGGCAGGAAAGUCGUCUGUUCUUUAGCGACAGAAAUUCUAUACUGAUUAUAGAUUUUGAACCGGUUUUACGUUAUUAGCAUGGAAUUUUGUUGAGGCGCAGACGUUUUCUUUCUCGGAACGUCCCUAGCGGCGAGGUACAAGGAGAGAAUCGAAGGUUGCAUUCGAAGGCUAGUCGGCAAUAUAGAUACACUGAACACUAACCAGGUGCCAAUUCAUCUCUGCAGGCCAAAGUCUGAUUCAUCCUUCAUUUGAGAAAAAGUUUUGUAAAAACAGCCUCAUUAGGCAUUAACCUUCAGACCGUUGGGGGCUUUUGGAGCUCCCCCUCGCGAAAUAGUUAAAUGACUUGAAAACCGUUUAAGCUCUAACCACCAAACGUAGCGACUAUUCCUCAAAAUUAUCUGGGAACAUUUUGAAGUCAGCCAUGACGUGAACGUUAACUAUGCCAUUGCAACCGAGUUUUGACAGCCACAGGGUAUUCAAAAUUUGUUCUUUCCUAUAAAAAGGACUUAUUUUUAUUUUUUCUUAUCAAAUUAUAGCAUUCCCCUUAAUUAAGCAAUAUUUUAUCAAUUAUUUUUACAACCGUUAAUGUAAUUUAGGUGUUUUAGUGAUUGGUUUGAGAAAAAAAAUAUGGAUUUAAGAUGACCAAAUGGCAGAUGUUGGGUUCAGUCUUUAACAGCGUUUAUUUCUCUCGGAUUUUUAAAACUUGCAGAUUGUUUUGCUUCCUGAGCAUCAUUCAAUUUUCAAUUUUUUAUCACGAUUUCCUCGAUUUAUAGAUUGAUUUAUACAGGUUUAAAGUAAAAUUUGAAUACAUUUAACAAUAAUUCAAAAUGGCCGAUCCAAGACUGCGGAUGGUUCAAGUUCCUUUUUCACGUAGCAAAUGACGUCAUCAUGACAUAAGCUAUAAUUUAUUAAUAACUUUUUGCUUUUGUUUGACACCUUACUACUUAUUAAUGAGCAUUUUUCGCCUAUAGAGAAAAAAUGGAUGAAAUUUAGAUUUUGCCAAUCAACAAUAUGACGUCAUAAUGACGUCAAAUUACGUCAUUGUGUUAAUCACGUUAUGCCUACAUGUUGGAAAUGGGGAGUGCAUUAUUUUAUGUUAUUUUGGUGGCAAUACUAUGAGCAGUAAAAAAGUCGGAGCAGCAAAAAAAAAAGGCGUACUGAAUGCGUUAGCCCACGCUGGGACUCAUUUAAGCCCUUAGUCGAAAGCCAAAUCAGCCGUAAGUAAUUGGACUGUAUUGGACCUUAUUAAGAGAGCCAUAUAACACCCAAAAAAAUAAGACUGUACUUUACUCACCGAAACGUUCCAUUGUUAAGGCUAAGACAGAUUCAUAGAGUAAACAUUGGACUGCCAAGAAUACUAGCCGUCUGCCAAGAGUAGUUAAAAUUGUGUGAUUCGACAGUUCACGAUAUUGGAGCGAUGAGGGCGAGUCUAUGCUUUAACGUACUUUCUGUCAAGCCAGUACAACAUUUUUUCAGUUUACUGGCAUUUACAUUACAAGGCUGCGGAUCUAAUCUUGUUAGAUAACUAAGUUUACCUUUAUCAGGAGAAAACUAACAUACCCAAAUGGUACCAAAUUUGUAUUUAAAGAACUGAGUAUAACAAUGUUUAUAUCAUCGUGUUUUGCGAAGAGAACUGGUAACUUUCGCCCUAAAAUUAAUUAUUUGGGUCAACGUUUCAUCUGUAGGCGAAUGUUGUUUCCUUUCGUGUUAGCGCUGCAUGACGAAACGUAACAGUCGACAUCAGCUGUUGUGAUAUGCGCGUGUGAGCAUAUCUCCAGCAUGUAACACGAACACUAUCUCAUUAAAUUAUUAUUAUUAUUAUUAUUAUUAUAUUUAUGACUUUUUUAAAGCACUUCACUACUACCCUGAGAUUAUAUUAUUUAAGAUGUGCAUUCCCAAGUAAUACCAGGCUUAUGUACCGCGCUAUUAAUUCAAUUUAAUUCAAUUUAUUUCCCUCAAUAUGCCUCGACUUCUUCAAAAAAGUUAGAGACUUUAUAGACUGAUGUUUAGAAGAUAAAUGUUUCUGUAGAAUUAAUAUUUAAGUUUGAGCGUGAUGGACAAGGGAACCAUUUGGUUCUCUAGUUGGCCACCAUAGCACUAAUUACGAGUUGAUGUAGCAUUUUGUGUGUUUGUAGUGCACUACUGAAGUCACUGCUUAGUUUUCAGAGUCGACGCUUCGUAUAUACUAAAAGAUUCUCAUCCGUCGAAGGUAUUAGUAGGAAUAAAAUUUCACUGUUGGAACACUGGAUGGCUACUUAUAUAUUACAUAAUUGUAACUUAACAUUUAAUGUUAGUCUAUACAAUGUUGGUUUGUAUUUUCUUGCCGACAGGGACUAAGUUUGGACAAGGAGUGUAUUUUGCCAGGGAUGCAUCUCACGCAGUUCGUUAUGCAGGGGCUGGAAGUGAGGGUCGCUCCGUGUACCUUGCCCGGGUUUUGGUCGGGAAGUAUUGUGCAGGCAAAGCUGAAAUGAAGGUGCCUCCACCAAAGGACCCUUCCAGACGGGAGAUUUUGUACGAGUCUGUGGUUGAUAACACAGGAAACCCAUCCAUCUUUGUUGUUUUCCACGAUACUCAGUGUUAUCCUGAAUACCUUAUAACCUUUUAA